CAUCGAUCAUCAGGGUAGCAGAGCACAAGAGAGAUCAAAGAAAAAAAAAAGUAGCAGCAGCAAAGCCAGCAGCCAGAGAGACCCUCCAGAGUUCCAGCACCAGCAGCUACAGUGAUCCCAUCCCACGUCCCAGGAUCUGCAGCAGCGUCAUGGGUCGUUGGUUGAAGCCAGAUGUGUACCCGCUGAUCGCGGCCAUGUCGUUCGUUACGGGGAUGUGCGUGUUCCAGCUGACCCGGAACGUGCUGAUGAACCCGGACGUGCGGGUGAGCAAGAGCCACCGCCAGAGCGCCGUGCUGGACAACGCCGACGAGGGCCAGCGCUACAGCCAGCACGCCUUCCGCCGCUUCCUCAGCACGCAGCGCCCGGAGGUCUUCCCCGCCCUCAACCGCUUCUUCUCCAACUCCGACUCCGCCGCCGACAAGUGAACUGAUCGAUUCAUCUCGUGUAUAUCAAUCGUCUCGUCGAUCUCUUACGCCGCCGGACGGCGCUUGCGCGUGUGAAUAUAUAUGGAAUUAUGGAUGCACGGUGUGCGUGUCUGUAAAUCUAUGAUCAUGCCAUGGUGUGUGUGCCGAUUGAAUAAAAAUCGAGUCUGUUAGUUCGUGGUGUACGCA